AUGCUGAAGCCACCAGUGUUGGAGCUAAAAGAUGAUCUUCGUCAGCGUAUUAUUGCUGCCAUUUGGAAGGGCGGCAAGGGACCUGAACACGAGGUAUUUUCCAAUGUUUCAGAGCAAAAUUAUCAUUAUAUCCUGAAUGCAAUUGAAUCCGACGAUAAUCUCAUUCACAAACCAUCAUACAUCCCACCCCUUCAAAAACUCUCUGUCAACCUGCUGACUCCAGUACACGAAUCCAUUCUAGCGCCUCUGUGCACUACAAUGGGAAACAUCGCAGCAUCUUUGCCACUUCCACAAGCACUCCAUACUGCCAUCCACAUGCACAUGAACACGAUGGUCGAACAAGGGGAAGAUAAUGAGGACAAUGAAGACAAAUGUAAUCUCAGCAUCCCUGAUAUGCUAAUUCAACAGUCGGCAGGAUCGAAAAUCCAACUUUUUGUGGACAAGAACCCCCACAUCGAGGGGGCCACCCAUUUUCACAUUGCCGAGGCAGAAAGACACACCUUAGUGAGCGAUGAAUGGGCGAUUGAGCAGGAGUUAGACAAGAAGAAGGUUGGGCACAUCAAAGAGGUCAGUGGGAGUGCAAGUGGUAGUGGGAUCUCAUUUUGCUCGCACACUUGGCUGCAACCCCUCACGAUAACCAUUAUGACUUGGCUCCACCCCCCUAAUGGAUGGUUGAAGAUAACCAACCAUUGUUCGCAAUAUUACACCACCAUGGCACUCUUCCCGCAGCAAGACAAUGCUAAACUUCGAUGUGUCCAGCAUCUAUUCAAGUGUACCCUGGAAAGAGUUCAUGACUCAACAGUCUGGCAUCUGGAGGGUGAACAUCCUCCAAGUACUAGUGGCGACUGUCAUAUCCCGCAUUCCGGACCAACAUCAGACGAUGUUCCCACGCCUCAUCCGGACCUCCGGACCUCCUGUCCAUGUCUCCAGACCCAAUCCUCUAUCCGUCCGGAUCCCUGUACUCCUGCAUCUGAUAUCCGGACACCAGAUCUGAUAUCCACAUCUCCGGAUCUCCGGAUCCGACCUAUCUGUCAUGUCCAAACCCAAACCUUAAAUCAGCGCCCAUCCCCUUAUGGUAAUCACCUGUCUCCGGACUUCCGAACAUCCGGAUCCGACCCACGUCUAUCUUCCGGAUCCGACCCGCGUCUAUCUUCCGUGCCUUAUCCCUUUGUAUGUUCCUUCUUGAGUUAG